AUGUGGCCUGCGCUACGUAGGGCGGCCUUAUGGGGCUUAUGGCUUGCCCUUGCAGUCCUUUGCAGCAGCAGCGGCUGGGUCAGCAGAGCCAGCAUUGUGAACUGCACCGUCACCUCAGUGACGCGAAGUCAGCUGGCUGUCUUGCCGCAUGAGCACUGGGCCCAGUACCAAACCAUAUGCGGCUCACCCAACGCGACCCAAACCUGGACUGACACAUCCUUAAUGAGGUUUUUCUUCCCGCCCCUCUCGCGUGCCGGUACGAGUGCUGCUUUCUACGCCUGGAACGGCAUCUCCUGGUAUGUGAGCGACAUGGGUUUUCUGUCCCCUACGCCGUAUGGCAUGUGCAAAAGCUUUUGCCAGAAAAGAAUCUACGCGACGCUGCAGGGCAACUACGCCUUCUCUGACAACGUUUCACUGCUGCACGACGGCGGAGGUGACUGGCCCAUGAUUUCCUUCUACGCAGCGCCCUUUGCGUUCAGCGGCGGAUCUCCCUCCCAAGUCAGCAUCGUUACACAGGAUACCAUAGCGGACGGAGCCGUUAGAUCUGCAGCUGGUGAGCACACGCCUGAUAGCAGUGAAAGCAUUCGAAACUCAGGAUUCGACGGGGGGUACACAACUCUUGAGUACUGCAACGUGCCGAUUCUUGGAGCAACAGGCUCUGCACAGACGCAGCUGACGGCACAGGUGGUGGUGUACGCUAACGGCACCAUCAUUAUGCGGUACGCCUCGCUGCCACGCACCAGCACGCUGCCCAAGUACAUGCCGAGCACGGGGCUCAUCUACUCGAAGACGUUGCGCACGGUGGUGCCGACGCCGACGACGGCGAACGGCAUUGUCGCGUACCGCUUCGACCCCGUGUUUGACGGAUGUGCCGCACAUGGCGAUGCCUCGGUGUGCACGGCGGACACGGAGAGCGACUGCGUGUGGUGCUCCUCCACGUCCGCGUGCUGUGCGAGCACGGUGGCGUCGGCGGUGUGCCCACGCGGGCAGUGGACAGCGCCGGCAAGCAGCACGGCUGCCUUCGCGCCGCAGAAAUUCUACGACGUCACUGUAGACUUCGACACCCCCUUCGUGUCAAUGUCGAGCUACAACUACUCGUACACGCUAGAGCACGGCUACUUUCCGCUACAUCUGGAGCACUUUGAGCGCAACAUCCCACUGUUCCAGACGCCAUCGCAAUCAAUCAUGAAGUGCAUCCCUGGUGCUUCGUGCCCCACGCAAGCCGACACACACCCUUGCGGCCUUUACCAUAGCAUGUGCAUGAACGGCAACUACACACUCUCUAUCUUGGCACUGGAGUCGUCGUUGAGAUUUGCAAAAGGCGGACUUUGGACUGUAAAGGCACUACCCGAGCGGGCCCGCGGCGAGCAGCUCUGCGAGGAGGAAGGCGGCUGCGCGACAGGCCUGGUAGGCCAGCUGACAGGGGCUGCCGUAGACUCUUACUCUUCCACGCCGCUCUUCUCUGUGCAGCUGUACGCCGACGCCAACGGCGUAAUUGACAUCACGAUCGACUGUGUACGCUGCGCGCAAGGUGACCCGAUGCUUACGUACCCUCCAAUGCGCGUUGGACUUGUCCGCUAUGGUGUGGACGACGCAUCAUCGGUCAUGAUCCCGCAAGGCCUCCUGCGCAGUGGGCUGCACGUCCGCUUCGUGCCGAGGUCGAGCUGCAAAGACUGCGGAUUGAACGGCUGGUGCGACGAGUCCUCGGGCACGUGCCAGUGUCAGCCGGGGUACCACGGCCGCAGCUGCGUGGCGUGCCCUGCGUGCUGGACGGGCAGCGAGUGCGACGACGGGAUCAACGGCAGUGGGUCGUGCCUGUGCAACGGAGGUGCGUGCGAGGCAGCGUGCGUCAACGCGAGCAGUGGGAGCGUGCCGCCGAGGAGCUGCGCCGGGUGCGAUGCUGUUGGUGGGCGGUGCAACUGCGGCGUGUGCGAAUGUCGGGAUGGGUGGAGCGGCGCGGGCUGCAGCAAGGCUCCUGCUGACGCGUGCCGCGCGUACUCGUUGGACGGGUGCAAGGUGUGCGGGCAGCACGAGGGGUGCGUGUUCUGCCAUGACUCGACGUGCUUCAAUCCUGCGCUGAGUGGGACGCGUGACGGGUACACGUGCUCGCACAGCACCCCCGCCGCCGACACGCAGGCGUGCGUGACCUACGGCAGCCUUGGCUUGCAUCCACCCUUGUACAAGGGCUUUGACUUCAUCGCGAUCAUCUGCUUAGCCUUCGCGGCACCCGUUGUCUUUUCGCUGCUCGUUUUAGUCGUCGCCGUUCGCCGCAACCGUCGAGUUCCGAAUCCGAUGGAUGUGUUUUCGGUGACAGGGGUGCCGGAGUUUCGCAAUCUGCAGACUGAGCGGGAGGUAGUUCAGGCCGCCUUCGCACGGAAACGGGUGCAAGAGAGAGAGAUGAUGGGCAUUCCGUUGAAGCAGAUAUCUCUUCGACGGCUGUUUAACCGUCGCGCAGCCGGUUUAAUGAGCGGCCCUGCGCAGCAAGGGAGGCUCGUUGGUCAGCUCUUUCCGCAUCCGCCGACUGAAGGGAGGAGGGGGUGGUAG